AUUCUUGUCACAACUGCGGAUCUGGUGAGUUUUGAGAAUGUUGAAAAAACCUAAUCCGCAAUUAUUCAGGUUAAUUAAGAAAACAGCUGCAUUUCUUAUCUUUGCCGAAACUGCUGCGUUUGCUGGUACCUAUCUUGCAUGGUAUAAACUUAAUACUAGUCGUGAUUUCCGAUAUUAUUUCCAUACAAACUACCCAGUAGUUCUUGAGGGUUACUAUAAAGUUGGUGAAUACUUUGGUGCCUUUGGAUCACUUGGAUAUAUUUUAUUGAAGUUAACUGAACCAUCUGAAGAAAAGAAAAAACAAAUUGCACAAACAGGUUACUCAGAUCCAAGUUCUGGAGAAAGUCAAAAAAAGAAAGCAUUAUUCCUUGAAAAACUUAAACAAGCAUCAGUCACAGAAACACCAAUUUAUUUAAAGAAAAAAGAAUCAAAAACAUCUGAUCAAGAAGCUCCUAAACAACCAACAAAACGAGAGAUAAACUGA